GCGACCUGCGCUGUUACUGCAAUGAAUCUGGUUGUGUUUCCACCGGUUACAUGUGCAAGUCUAGUGCUGGACAGUGCUUCACGUCUGUAGAAAUUCGCGAGGAGGCCGCCCACCAGAUACACGGCUGUCUGGACAGCCUGCCCGUGGAGCUCCAAACCACCUGUAAGGUGGGAGUGGACGUAAUCAGCGCCAGUAAAGCCAGUUUAGCAUCUGGAAACAUGCCUUUUCUCUUGUGUUGCACCGAGCAUAUGUGCAACUAUAGAGAGGAUAUCGAUAUCAGCAUUAUUCUCACCCCAAAAUACAAUGGAACAUUCCAGAGAGGAAGCUCCACAACCAGUGAUGACUCGGCAGUGUACUCAAAAAAUCACCAUAGCAACAGUGACGACGACCGGGAGCUGUGGUUCAAGGCCGCGGUUAUAGCCGUUCCUAUAGCUGGCGGGUUUAUCCUGGUGCUUCUAGUACUGCUAGCCAUGCGCAUGCUGCGAACAGACACACGCCACCACAGAAGACUUAUUCAUAUCCGACGGGAACACAGCCUGACGAAAGCUCACAUGUACAUCAGUGACCAUUUCUCCAGCAAGAGCAGUAAACAACAGUUUUCAUUAUUCAGUGGCAACCCCGGAUUUAAAUCCGCACAGACUUACACAGGUAAAGUUGCAACCGGCAGUGGAAGCAGUUAUAUGAGCAACUGUCAUUGCACAUCGACGUGUUUCUGCGACAGCACAAGCAGCUGUUGCAAUCAUCCAUUGCACAGUGACAGCAUUAAAACUGCAGAUCCCCACUCUGCAUUACACCUGGGCAAUCACUGUCAUGCCCCAUUGGCAUGUAGUUCACAUCGCAGACACCCAUCUUACAUCCCCUGUUCUACCAGCGGUGAAAGUCAUGGCGGAUCUACCGUUAAUAACUGCACCAGACCAUGCUCUUUCUUCCCAGACCCAUCCACGUCCCAAACCUCAAAUAGAGAUAUUCACGGCAAAACAGACUCUGUGUGCCACAUAGUUCCACGUACAAUCGCCAUGCUUGAUUUGAACAGAACACAUUCUGAACGGGAUUACAAAAGUCAACCUAUGAUCCCUUGGGAAACUUCUUCCUUGUCAGGACCAAUAGCUGAUGUGUGA